CGCCAUCUCUGGACGAUUAUCCUUUACCAGAGAGAUUCUCCCGAUGGCACGAGGGUACAUCGAUGACGUCAAAUGCGGCAGUACACGGCGUCGUUGCAGUUCGAAGAGGCGCACGCGCGAGGCAUCGAUCGAUGCGCGUCGUUUCGAGCUUUCGAGCCGCGCACCUUACACGAGGCGCAAAGCGAACGCGAAACCAGAACACGCGCGCGGCCAGCCUCGUCUCCUGCCGAGCAAAAAGAGCAUCGUGCCACGAAUUCGCGAGAAACAUCUGACGCGAAUAUCUCCUCUCGAGAUGCGGAGGUUGGCCUGACCUUAAGCUUCCCUUCUCAAACAUCCCUCUCGACGCAUCUGGCGAAGCUCGACGAAGCGAUCCAUCCAUCCGAAGGGACCAAAGCAAGUGUUGCAACGAUAAAACAAAGGGGAUAGGCAAAGAUCGAUCGACCGACAGCUGGACAAACAAACGUUACACAAUGGAGGAUUGUUGAUUUGACACAAGCUUUCGUUUCCAUGGAAGGGAUCCUCGCUGGAUCGAUCGUUCCCUCGACACGCCGUUGGUGAUCGAAUCGAAGAGAUGCCUAAGCAAGUGCCAGUGGAGAACUUGGUGAUCCCGCCGCAGGACGGGCGGAUCUGCGGGACGAUCUGCAUCUGCCAGAUGACGGCGGUCCUCUCCUCGGUCGCUCUUGUCUACCUGACCGUGGCCAUCUACAUGCCGAGCACCAGGGCGUUUCAAUCGGGGAUAAGCGAGGUGCCGGUGAUGUGCACGACCAUACGCGCUGUGAACGCGGACAACUGUGAAUGGGGCAGCUGCGGGGAGUGGUGCCUUUCGAAAACGUCCGGCCCCUGCGUCCAGAUCCACGUGAAUCUACGCAGAAACGGUUCCACUAUUCUGUUGGCCAACUGCACCAACACAACGAACAAGACUUGCUACGGGAUCGACCAGGAGAACGCGAAGAAAUCGAAGUGCAUCGCGGACGAGUGUCGAAAUCUGACGGGCACGUUCAAUUGCUCGUCCGGGGUGUGCAUCAACAUAACGGACGCGUUCGAGUGCAUAUUCCACGACACCGACCCGCCUAUGAAGUGCUCGGGGAGGCGGGGCAAGAUAACCUGCAUAGAUAUAGACGGCCUGUUCAAUUGCAAUCGUGGGACGUGCGAGCGUAUCAGGACGCCGUACAACUGCGACCGUAGAUGCGUCGAUAUACCGACGAGGAACAAGAACAUGAUCCUGUUGACAGGGGACAAGGUUUAUCUGAGCCAAUGCGAGAGAGCCAUAGACGUGCAAACGAAUCGAGAGAUAUGGCACGAGGAUCGGGGGGACGUGAUGAUGGCCUCGUGCUACGGUAUAUUCAACUCGACCCUCGGUGUCGAGGCUGUCGAUUGUAUAAACGGGUCCGUGUUGGAGAAGGAUCUGCUCACCGAUCUCACCAACUUCACCUAUCUCUCCUACCUCAACAUAUUCGCUACGAAGCCGUUGGACGAGACGAGGAUGGUCGCGCCACCUGAACAGGAUCUCAUCAUAGCGAACGAGAGCCGUCUGUUGAUCAAUCUCGAGGGUUGCGUGAACACUUUGAGGGAGGAGUGCAAGGAGUUUCUUCACGAGUACGGGAAAGACGGGUCGGAUCAUAACGCGAGAGCCAGAUUCCCGUGUUAUUACGCCGAGAGCAACACGGGGAUCGUCGUGUCCCGCUUCAAUUUGGAGAAUACGUACAAGGAGUUCCUGAUCGCGUUGCUGUUGCCCAGCAUCCUGUUCGUGGUCAGCUGCCUGACGUUGAUCUUUUGCCAGAAGACGGUGGUCGUCGGGGAUGACGCCAAGAUGAGAUUCAAGGGCACAGUUGGCGCACUCUCGUCGAUGGAGAAGAGCGCUUCGGGUAACCUAGGGGAUGCUGGCGGAGGAAACUCCGCUAUGGCGCUCUGAGAUCCGUCACGCAUUCCCCUCCUGGAGGAGAGUCCGGCUCGUCAGUCGAUAUUCUCCCUGCGCGGGCAUUAUUAAGGUGUGGGGAGGGGGGGAACGCGUGGUUAAAAUUCUCAUCUUGCAAAAAAAUACAAAAUCUACAAAACAUUCCAAUACUUCUGCAAAAAGCGCGAAACUAUCUUUGAAAAAAAAAAUCAAGUAAAAAAGAAAAAAAAGAAGGAAAAAGGAAGAAGAAGAAAGAGAGAGAGCAAGCGGUCAAGAACAAGUACCGGAAAAAAAAAAAAAAAGGAAAAAAAGAAAGCAACAGGAUUUUUUCUACUCGCACUGCCUGCACAGAAAAAAAAAAGAAAAGAAAAGAAAAAGAUAAAAAGCAAACUUUCGAGAGCGCACGUGCUUUUUUUCUCAAAAUAUCCGCGUCGCUGGACAAGAAACAGAGCGUGCGCGGAUGAAUCGCUUUGAAAAGUUCGUACGACGCAGCUCUCGCCUGUCUCUCUUCUGCUGACAAGAAGGAAAAGGAUCUUGAAUUUGGACCGGAUCGACCAAUCAUUUUUUUUCGGAAUAAACGACGGAGAACGUAACUACGGAAAAGGAAUUAAAAAAGAAAAAAAAACAAAAAAAAACAAAAAAAAAGAAAGAAAGGAACAAGAGAAAUAAUUCGGCGUCUUUUACACGUGACACAACAUUCGUCGGUAGCUUUUUAAGUGUCCCCCUUCUGAUUGAUUCGCCGUGACAGUAGAUAAGAACCACUUAUUACAUAUAGCUCUUUGUAUCGAGGCUAAGCAACUCUUAUUGUAAUCACACUACAAACACUACA